AUGGUGCAGAUACUCUCCCUCCUCCACAGCGAAAAGGGGUCUCUGAGUAGCAUGCCCUACCUACCAGCGGACAUCACAAACCUAAAGGCAAAGUACCGUAGAGAAAGCAAGUGGGCUAACAUAGAAGCCACAAUAGCCUACUUCGAUGAGAAAGCGAAAGAAGAUCAAGAUUUCUUCUACAUGAUAAGAUUGGACGAUGAGGACCGUGUCAGGAACAUGUAUUGGGUGGAUGGUGCUGCGAGAAGAGCCUACAAGCAUUUGCGAGACUGCAUUUCUUUCGACGCGACAUAUCUCACUAGUAUGUACAAGAUGCCAUGCGCUCCAUCCAUAGGAAUAAAUAACCACAAUCAGUCAUUGCAGUUCAGAUGUGGGCUCGUUCGGAAUGAAGACACGGAUGGACACCUGCACAAGGCAUUCGAGCUGUGCGUGGACCACAGCUUGACGGUGGAGGAGUUUGAAAGGAGCUGGAUGGCUAUGAUUGAAACAUAUCAAGUCCAAGACCACGAGACGCUUGCUAGCUUGUGGGAGAAGCGAAUGUACUGGGUGCCGGCCUACUUCAUGCAGUGCUUCUUCCCGUUUCUGCAGACUACACAGCGCAGUGAGGGGUUCAAUGCUGUUCCGAAGCGGUACGUGAGCCCUGGCAACUCAUUGCUACAGUUUGCCAAGCAGUACACCGCUUUGCAACAAAAAAUACUGGGAUCCGAGCUACAGCAAGAAGCAAACACCGCGCUCAAGCAGCCAAAAUUGCUAACGUAUUUACCAAUGGAGAGGCAGAUGAGCAGGAUAUACACCAACACGAUUUUUAACAAGUAA